AUGUCGUUGGUUGAAAUAACACAGCAUGAUGAAGUUAUUUACACUAUUUUGGAUAAACCACCUCCAGAGCCACCGAAGACUCCCAGAUACGAGUCAAAACUUGAAAAAGAAUUAAAGGAAGCUAAAAGACCAGAACUCCGUCGUACAUUUGGAUACGCUGAGACACCACUGAAACCCCCAACAGAGUUUUUAAAAAAGGGAGAAGGCAUAGGCCAGCCUAUUAAAAAAACUGAUCACAAAUGUUAUGUGUCUGGCAAUCUCCCGCCGGUGCCGAAACGACCACCGCCUAAGAAGAAAGAAGAAAAACCUGCAGUCAAUUUUAGAGUUAUUAAUAUAAAGAAAGCCAUAAAAACGAAGGGGAAACCAGUGGAACCCAGGUUGGUAGAUACAAGAGAUGGUCACAUAAAGAAGAUAAAAGGUUCCGGGGAAGUACCAGAAUUCUGUCUCAGGCCAGACUUUGGUCAGAUGCCAGCGUACCUGAUGAAACGAAACAGAAAAAUCCAGAAAGCUCUCGAAAAAAUGAAAUACGCCGAGGACAACAAAGAAAGUUUGUGCAAACUCAUCACUGUUGAAGAACGCCAAAAACUACUUGAUGAUCUAAAACUUAACUGGUCAUUGAUGCAAAAGGCGUUUCUUCAACUACCAAUGCUCACGGAUACAAUACCAAAGAUCCUUCGCAAGACCAAAAUGGAGGCAGACCUAAAGCAGUUAGAAAAGGACAUAGCUUUAGUUGAGAGCAAUCCUUACAUUUAUAUCUACGAAUAA